AUUCCUGGUCUCUGCCUCUCUCUCUCUCCCUCUCUACUUUGCACUUUUUUUUUCUGGUUUCCUGGUUUUUUUUAGGUUUGAUUUUUUUUUUUUUAAUUUGAGUUUUAUCUAAUAUGCCGCCCCUUCUCCUUAGUCUGCCACAGCAAUCAUCACUUCUUUUCUGGCUAUGAAAAAGAAAAAAUACACACCAUUCCUCCAAUACCAGUUACUCAUGAAGUUCACAGUCUCUCUUUAUUUACAUAAAUAGAGAGGGAGUGGAGAAGGUUAACUGGUGGUAGGGGAUUUAGGAUGAGAAAACAUCUUAUUGUCCAGUUUUUCCAUGUUUGAUUGCAUGGUGAGAUUUAUGGGCUUGAAAGAGUGGAAAGAAGUUUCUUAUUUGUGUUGCAGAAUUGCUCAGACAAGCAAUCCAGGAGUAGAUAGUGACUCUAAGAAUACCCAUAAUCAUACUCUUCUCUUCCCGAGAUUUUCUUUUGCCACUAAUCAAAUGAUGCCUUUCUGUGUCUAGAUAUCACUGCCACCUGUGCUUCAUUUAGGCUGUAUUGUGCUGUAUUCCAAGCUGGGGGUUUCUAUUUCAGUGUUAUUUUUCUUUUUUCUUUUUUUUUUUUUUUCUGUUGUUUCAUUCGUUUGUAAAGUAGUCGGUCAAGCCGUCAAGCGAUAAGGGCGAAGUGUUGAAAGAAAUCCAAUAUAGAGAAAGAGAUCUGACUAUUGUUUUUUGUUUGCUUGGAGUUGUAUUCACAGGCAUGUUGCCUGCAACCAUGUCCAAUUCAACCUCCUUGUCCGAGGAAGCUAGUGUCUCUUCUGGUAAUAGAGUUCAGGACUUAAGUAGCUUGAAUCCUAUGUUCUCCGCCAUUUCUCAGCAGCCGCAACAACAGAAGAUCAAGAAGAAGAGAAAUCUCCCCGGAAACCCAGACCCAGAUGCUGAAGUGAUUGCUUUAUCCCCUAAAACUCUAUUGGCAACCAACAGAUUUGUGUGCGAGAUCUGCAACAAGGGUUUCCAGAGAGAUCAGAACCUUCAGCUUCACAGGAGAGGCCAUAAUCUUCCGUGGAAGCUGAGGCAGAGAACCAGCAAAGAGAUCAAAAAGAGAGUCUAUGUGUGCCCCGAGCCUUCAUGCGUUCAUCACCACCCUUCAAGGGCUCUCGGUGAUCUCACGGGAAUUAAAAAACACUUCUGCAGGAAACAUGGAGAGAAGAAAUGGAAAUGUGAGAAGUGCUCAAAGAGAUAUGCAGUUCAAUCAGAUUGGAAGGCUCAUUCAAAAACCUGUGGCACAAGGGAAUACAGAUGUGACUGUGGAACCCUUUUCUCCAGGAAGGACAGCUUCAUUACUCACAGAGCUUUCUGUGAUGCCUUAGCAGAAGAGAGUGCAAGACUCUCCACAAACCCAUUAGCAACAACGAACAACUUAACCGAUCACCCCCUCCAUCUCAACCCACAAAACCCAAGUCCUUUCUUCCCUUUCUCAACCCAACAACGGAACUUCACAAACCCAUCAUCCCAGAUCUCUCUCAGUUCAUGGGACCCAUCUCAGAACCCAAACCUCACUACUCAAAACUCGGUUCAAAGCAAGACUGGAACUCAUCAACAACAGCAACAGCAGCAAAUCCCAACAAUUUCUCCCUCUCCUUUCUUCCGUGACCAACCACACCAUAAACAGUUGAUCACAUCACCUUUUCAACACCUCCAAAUGGCCACCAACGGCAACAGCAACAUCAGCACAGCCCAUAUGUCAGCCACUGCACUCCUUCAAAAGGCUGCAAAUUUUGGUGUCUCAGCUCUUUCUAGCGCCACACAAGCCCAGUCAGUGGGUCACAUGGCAUCCUCCAUUAACCGGUUGGAGGAGUUGGGAACAAUGAGCCAGGUCGGUGCCGGAAUGCCGCCUGGGUAUCUGGGAUUCCCAUCAGGAAACCUGUCCACGUGGCAAAAGAAUGACCGUCUGACGAGAGACUUUCUGGGUCUAACAGGUGACUGUGGAGGUGGUGGUGAUGGAAGCGUCAGCGUGAACGUCAAAGAUCUGUUAUCGUUCACGGGAGGUGUUGAUUUCGCACCCUAUGAUCGUGACCACUCGGUGAUGAAGCCUCCCGGCUUCGGGUUUACUGAGCAGGCUGCAUCGGAGGCGUGGGGUGAUUGUGGAAGACUCGAAGGCUGAAGUUGAGAGAGUCGUUGAUCUGGACUCAGGAAGAGGGCUAAGUAAAAGCAGCCUAGCUAGCUAAAACAGUAAAGAGGAAAAAAAAAAAACGGUAAAAGAAUUAAAUGGAACUCAUGCAUGUUUCCUUCCUUAAUAUAUAUAGAUAUAGGCAUAUAGCCCUCCCUUUCAUAAACAAUUCCUGAGGCCAAAUUUCAAAUUUGCAGGAAAACUACGACUUAAGAAUUAAGAUGAUACCAACCCCUCGCCAUUUCCGCUUUGUUUAUUUUUUUUUUUUUAUACCUUCCACCAUUUCUUCUUUUUCUUAGUGCUCUUCUUCUCUCAUCAAUCUUCUCUUCUUUUUAUUUUAUUUCUUUCCUUCUUUUGGCCAUAAAAACUUACAAAAAAGGCACAAUGGCAUUGCCAUAAAAGUAAAACAAUACAUAGAUCUCUGGAUCAAAUCUGGCCAAAAAAUGGCAGUUUCUUUGUUAACUUGGAGUUUAUUUUUAAGAUAGAUGGUUAGGUAUGUUCUUUGUCGGUUUAUUUACUUUAUAGGAAAAAGAAAAAAAGAAAAAAAAAAUCGAAAGAGAGAAUGUAGAGAGACUAGAGAGCUGCCUGUUUUUCAAUGAAAAAAAAAAUCAAAGGAAGAGCCUCAUUUUCUCGUUUUCUCA